UUAAUACUCUGGGGAGUGGUGUCCAGGGUCCCACGGGUGGAACAUCCUCGGCAUCCCUGGGAGCAGGCAGUGCUCCAUGACAGAAGGUGAGAUCCCCAUCCAUGGGGGUGUGCAAACCCAAGCUGAGCUGUCACGUCGAGCGGCCACGCGGGCCCAGCACGCAGCCGCAACUCCCAGGCCAGCCGCCCGCCCCGUGGUCCGGCUCCCGGCUCCCGGACUCCCGGGCGGGGCGCUGCUAUUUCUGUCGCCGCGGCGGGAAGCAGGGGCGCCGGCGCCAUUUCGCUCCCAGCCGCGUAGCACCAUGAGCACCUCGGCCUUCCACGUGGCGGGGCUGCUGGAAAAGAUGACAUCCAGCGACAAGGACUUCAGGUUCAUGGCCACCAGUGACCUGAUGGCAGAGCUGCAGAAAGAUUCCAUCCAGCUGGAUGAGGACAGUGAGCGCAAGGUCGUGAAGAUGCUACUUCGGCUCCUGGACGACAAGAAUGGGGAGGUUCAGAACCUGGCUGUGCGGUGCCUGGGUCCACUGGUGGGCAAGGUGAAGGAGUGCCAAGUGGAGACCAUCGUGGAUGCCCUCUGUGCCAACAUGCGGUCGGACAAGGAGCAGCUCCGGGACAUUGCUGGCAUCGGCCUCAAGACUGUGCUCUCGGAGCUGCCCCCCACAGCCACAGGCUCCGGGCUGGCCACCAGUGUGUGCCGGAAGGUCACAGGCCAGCUUACCAGUGCCAUCGCCCAGCAGGAGGAUGUGGCUGUGCAGCUGGAAGCCCUGGACAUACUGUCAGACAUGCUGAGCAGGCUGGGCGCCCCGCUGGGCUCCUUCCAUGCCAGCUUGCUGCACUGCCUACUGCCUCAGCUGAGCAGCCCGCGCUUGGCCGUGCGCAAGCGGGCGGUCGUCGCGCUCGGACACCUGGCGGCUACCUGCAGCGCCGACCUCUUCGCGGAGCUCGCCAACCACCUGCUGGAGAGGCUGCCUGGCCCGCGCACGCCCGCAGGCGCUGCCGGGCUCCACACUCUGGUGCAGUGCGUGGGCAGCGUGGGCCGCCAGGCCGGACACCGGCUCGGGCCCCACUUGGACCGCCUGGUGCCACUGCUGGAGGAGUUCUGUAGCCUGGAAGACGACGAGCUCCGAGAGUCUUGCCUGCAGGCCUGUGAGGCUUUCCUGAGGAAGUGCCCCAAAGAGAUGGGGCCCUAUGUGCCCAGUGUGACCAGACUUUGCCUCCAGUACCUGAAGCAUGAUCCCAACUACAACUACAACAGUGAUGAGGAUGAGGAGCAGAUGGAGACAGAGGACAGUGAGUCCAGUGAGCAAGAGACCGAGGAAGAGUACAGUGAUGAUGACGACAUGAGCUGGAAGGUACGGCGGGCGGCAGCCAAGUGCUUGGCAGCCCUGCUGGGCUCGAGGCCUGACCUGCUGCCUGACCUGCACCGCAGUCUGGCACCUGCACUUGUGCACAGAUUCUGCGAGCGAGAGGACAAUGUCAAGGCUGACGUGUUUGCCGCCUACAUUGUGCUGCUGCGACAGAUUCGGCCACUUCAGGGCUGGGUGAAGGCAGUGGAGGAGCCCACUCCUGCAGGCAGCAGCCUCCAGGUGCUGCAAGGACAGGUUCCCCUGGUGAUUAAGGCCCUGCAGCGGCAGCUGAAAGACCGCAGUGCCCGUGUACGCCAGGGCUGCUUCAGCCUCCUGGCAGAGCUGGCAGGCGUCCUCCCAGGGAGCUUGGCAGAGCACAUGCCUGUGUUAGUAUCAGGCAUUGUCUUCUCACUGGCUGACCGCUCCAGCUCCUCUACCAUCCGGAUGGAUGCCCUGACCUUCCUGCAGGGGCUGCUGGGCACAGAGCCAGCAGAGGCCUUCCAUCCCCACCUACCCAUCCUCCUGCCACCGGUGAUGGCCUGUGUGGCUGACCCUUUCUAUAAAAUUGCAGCUGAGGCUUUGCUAGUGCUCCAGCAGCUGGUGUGUACUCUGUGGCCACUGGGCAAGCCUCGGGUGCUGGACCCCACACCCUAUGUGGCAGAGAUGUCUGAGGCCAUGCUGGUACGGCUCCGUGCCACCGACCUGGACCAAGAGGUGAAGGAGCGGGCCAUAUCCUGUGUGGGCCACCUUGUAGGCCACUUGGGAGACCAGCUUGGAGACACCUUGCACCCCACACUCUUGCUCCUCCUUGACCGUCUGCGAAAUGAGAUCACCCGGCUGCCUGCUGUCAAGGCACUGACGCUGGUGGCUGCAUCACCAUUGCAGCUUGAUCUGCGGCCCAUCCUUGCUGAGGUGCUGCCCAUUUUGGCUUCAUUCUUGCGUAAGAACCAGCGGGCAUUGAGGCUGGCCACGCUGACCGCUCUGGAUGCCCUGGCCCAAGGUCAGGGCCGUGAUCUCCCACCAUCUGCUGUACGGACCGUGCUGGCUGAGCUGCCUGCGCUGGUUAGUGAGAGUGACAUGCAUGUGGCCCAGCUGGCCAUAGACUUUCUGGCAACUGUGACUCCAGCCCAGCCAGCCUGCCUGGUGGAGGUCAGUGGCGCCGUGCUGGCUGAGCUAUUACGGCUGCUGCGCUCUCCACUGCUGCCAGCCAGUGUGCUAGUGGCUGCUGAGGGCUUCCUGCAGGAACUGGUGGGGACCCGCCCCCCAUGUGUGGCCUACAAUGAACUUCUCAGCCUGCUCACAGCACCUAUAUAUGAGCAGGCUGGAGAUGGAGGGCCAUCCCUGCACAAGCAGGUGUUUCACUCACUGGCCCGCUGUGUGGCCGCCCUCUCGGCUGCCUGUCCUCAGGAGGCAGCAGGCACAGCCAACCGCCUGGUCAGGGAUGCCAGGUCACCACACUCUAGCACAGGAGUCAAGGUGCUGGCCUUCCUGUCACUAGCUGAGGUAGGGCAGGUGGCCGGGCCAGGCCCCCAGCGUGAGCUGAAGGCUGUGCUGCUGGAAGCCCUAGGCUCACCUAGUGAGGAUGUGCGGGUUGCAGCCUCCUAUGCACUGGGGCGUGUGGGCGCCAGGAACCUGCCGGACUUCCUGCCCUUCCUGCUGGCACAGAUCGAAGCAGAGCCACGGCGCCAGUACCUGCUACUACAGGCACUUCGGGAAGCACUGGGGGCCGCACCACCUGAUGGCCUGAAGCCUUAUGCUGAGGACAUCUGGGUGCUGCUCUUCCAGCACUGUGAGGGCACUGAGGAGGGCACCCGGGGUGUGGUGGCUGAGUGCAUCGGGAAGCUGGUGCUCGUGAACCCCUCAUUCCUCCUUCCCCGCUUGCAGAAGCAGCUCACAACAGGUCAGCCACACACCCGGAGCACUGUCAUCACAGCAGUCAAGUUCCUCAUCUCAGACCAGCCGCACCCCAUCGACCCUCUCCUAAAGACUUUCAUUGCGGAGUUCAUGGAGAGCCUACGGGACCCAGACCUGAGCGUGCGCCGUGCCACGCUGGCCUUCUUUAACUCAGCUGUGCACAACAAGCCCUCACUGAUUCGGGACCUGCUAGAUACCAUCCUGCCACUUCUCUACCAGGAGACCAAGGUCCGCCGGGACCUCAUCCGAGAGGUGGAGAUGGGGCCCUUUAAGCACACGGUGGACGACGGGCUUGAUGUGCGCAAAGCAGCCUUUGAGUGCAUGUACUCCCUGCUGGAGAGCUGCCUGGGCCAGCUGGACCUGAGUGAGUUCCUGAGCCAUGUGGAGGACGGGCUGAAGGACCACUACGACAUCCGGAUGCUGACCUUCAUCUUGCUGGCUCGACUGGCAACGCUGUGCCCGGCACCCGUGCUACAGAGGGUGGACCGGCUCAUUGAGCCACUGAGGGCCACCUGCACCGCCAAGGUCAAAGCUGGCUCUGUGAAACAGGAGUUUGAGAAGCAGGAUGAGCUCAAGCGCUCGGCCAUGCGGGCAGUAGUGGCCCUGCUCACAAUCCCAGAGGCGGGGCGGAGCCCCAUCAUGGCCGACUUCGCAGCCCAGAUUCACUCCAGCACUGAGCUCACCGCCCUCUUCGACAGCAUCCAGAAGGACCCUGCUUCAGUGCCUGGUGCAGAGCCCAUGGAGCUCAGCUAGUCUGCCUAGGGCCUGGCCACCCAGCUGUAGGCCUAAGCUCCAUCUGGCUGAAGCCCCAGGCUGUGACUCCUGGCCUAGGAUGCACCUUUUAACUCAUGAGUCCGAGUUCUGGUUACACUUUCAUCUAGCCACUUUGGUGUCCUGGAAGGGGACAGCCCCUGCCUCUCCAGAGAACUCAGGAACAGGUUGCUCACAGUGGUAGGGGUCUGGAGUGGUCCCAGCUUCCCACUCCAGCACUGAUCAGUUUAGAAUCUGUGUAUUUGAA